CUUUAGUAAAAAAAAAAAAAAAUGUUUAAUCAAUACUUUAUCUUCUUAUUUUUAUAUAAUUUUGGUCUUGUUACUUGUGUUCCUUUUUUUAAUCCGACAAAUGGUGGUGGAUCGAUGUUAACAAACACACAAAAUGGACUUGGUGAACCACUUAAUGUUAUUAUUAGUGGAGAAUCUUCUCCCGAUAUCCUUACCGAUCACGGAUCAUUAAACUAUUUUCAAGCAAUAGGUUUUAGUACUGAAUGUCUUGGUAUCCAUCUUGGUAUGCCACAUACAGCGAAUCUUGGUGAUGGCAAUGGCUGGAUAAACCAAACAACAGAAUUAAGAGAAGAUUAUGAUGAUCCUAUAGAAGGUACUUGUCUAGAAUCUGCAGUAGGUGGCAGUCAUUUUAGGAUGUUUAGACAAAAUGGUCCUACAGCCAAUUCUGGAGCAUUAUUUUUAGCUGUUGGUCAAGAAGAAAGUGCAGCACAAGGGCACAAUAUUGUUCCGGAUGGAUACAAUAAAGGCAGAGACUCACUUGUAGCAAAUGCUGUUGGUACUCUGACAUAUAAUGGUGUUACAUAUAUCACAACUAUGAGCAGAUUAACUGAUUUAUUAGCUCCUGGUAACCAAGGUAUAAUUCACGGAAUUGCGCAAGAUGGUGUGGUAGCCCUUCUUACAGUAAAAAUAACGUAGUAUAAUAAAAUGAUUGAUUUAAUUGAUUUCUUUAUAAGAAA